AUGUUACUACCCCGAAGCGCCUCCUCGCACGUUUCAGCUUUGCCAUGCCUUUGGGUGGCUACCCUGGCAGUCUUUGUAUCCCCUUUGCCUACUGGCAAUCACAACGAGAUCGGUCCAGUAUUAGGAGCUUCCCGACCCCCCGGAGUCCAAGUAGAUCUUCAGGUCAUAUUUGCCAACAGUGGUGACUCCCUGCAAGAACAUCCGGUCUUGGCCAUCGGACAAGCAGUCCUUCAUGCCAUCAUGCCAGAGGACACCAGAGGAAACACCCCAAAAGUAUGGCCCACAGCAGAUACCCUUCUCGUCCCAAGCAGGGAUGACUGGAUCUUGGAAACUCUGACCGGGCGGGAUCACCGCACGGAGAACAUUGGUAAAGCGUCUUUUGUGAGUGAAGAAGAUCAAGAGAAAUUAAUCGAGGAGAUGCUUGCUUUGAAAAUGCCCCGCUUUAAUCAAAAAGGCACUUGUCGGGAUUAUAUCACGAUGGUGUUGAAGCGGUUGAGGGAUGGUGGAUGUAUCGAUGAUUCAGUGCAGAAAGCAUAUGAGAAGAUUUACAAGGAGAGGUCCAACUAUACAUAG